GUAGUAUUCGGUGUUUUGUUGAUUAAUCCAACAUAAUUUUAUUAAAUUGUUGAUAAUAACUGAAAAAUUUUGUGAUUUGUGUAUGUAGUUCUAUGAAUUAAUAUAUCUUACUUUUUGUAUAAUAUUUACUCGUAAUAUUGCAAAGUUGAGUGCAGUAAAUCUUUAAAAAAAAUAGAUUUUUGUGUGGUGUUAAGUGUACACAUGUGAUCAAUACAAGAAAAUAUUGCAAUUUUCUUCGUUUUCAAGAUUUUCAAACGAUGAGGAAGCCAUAAAACUAAAUUCCACAUCUAUACGCAUCAGAAAACAAACACCAUGGAGGAACGAGAGAGCGAGGAGGGCCCCGGCGUGCCGGACAUGACCAUGAUGCCGCACAUCACGGAAGAUGCCAUCAAUGAUAAUCUCAAGAGGCGGUACAAAUACGAUCUGAUCUAUACAUACACAGGCUCUAUUUUAGUUGCAGUAAAUCCGUACAAGGAACUAGGAUGUUAUACAACGGAACACAUGCAAAAUUAUCGAGGGAAAUCUUUCGGCACCCUCCCACCGCAUGUUUUCACGCUUGCCGAAUCGGCGUACAGCUCGCUACAGAACGGUGAAAAGAACCAAUCAGUGGUCAUAUCUGGAGAGAGUGGUGCGGGUAAAACGGAGACCACCAAGCUGAUACUUCAGUACUUGUGUGCGGCGGGUGGACAGGCAUCUUGGGCUGAACAGCAGAUCCUGGAGGCCAACACUGUACUAGAGGCGUUUGGUAAUGCAAAAACCGUACGCAACGACAACUCCUCCCGCUUCGGUAAAUUCGUGGAGGUCCGCCUGGACCAUCGCGGCGGUAUCCGUGGUGCGGUGCUACGCGACUUUCUCUUGGAGCGCGCCCGUAUCACCGGACCUUCGCCACGUGAGACCAACUAUCACGUGUUCUAUCAGCUGGUUGAAGGGGCUAAGCACAAUGCUGAACUGCGAAGCACUCUACGUCUCCGUGACGAUGUCCAAUACAAGUAUCUCAGGCCAGAGGAUGAGGAAGCUAGAAAGGGCCGCGGCGGGGAACAAGGCAAAUUGGAAGCGCUACAGUUAGCGUUGACAGUGCUGCAGGUCCCACCUCACAUGUGUGAGGGUCUGUUCAAAGUGCUGGCUGCGGUACUAUGGCUCGGAAAUAUACAGUUCCAGGACGUAGACGGAGAGCGCACAACCCUAGCGCCGGAAGAUACAGAAGCAGUGGAUGCAGUCGCCAACUUGCUAGGGCUGGCACCGCCCACCGCGCAACGUGUAUUGUUAGAACGACAGAUAAACGUACGGGGAAAUGUUACAGACAUACCAUUGCGGUUACCUGAGGCCCGAGAGAAUCGUCACGCAAUGGCACGAGCGCUAUAUUCCCGGACGUUUGCGUGGUUGGUCCGCCACGUCAACAGCUGUUCGGCUCCAGGCCGAGAGGCACCACGUGCACUUGGAGUCCUGGAUAUCUUCGGCUUCGAGAACUUCGCCUCCAACUCGCUCGAGCAGCUCUGUAUUAACUACGCCAACGAGAAACUGCACAUGUUUUUUAAUAACUACGUAUUCGCUUUGGAACAGGAAAUUUACCGUCAAGAAGGCAUAGUCUACAAUCAAAUCCCAUUUACGGACAAUGCUUCAUGUUUAGAACUGUUAGAGAAACCUCCAAGAAGCUUACUCAAACUGCUUAGCGAACAGUGCCAUAUGCCAAAGGGUUCAGAUGGCGCGUACCUAACCAACAUCCAGGGAGAAUUUGGCGAACACCAGAGUUUCGUGAAGGGUUCUCGCCGAAAGUGGGAAGAAGAGUUCGGCGUGCAACACUACGCCGGCGCGGUUACGUAUAGCGUGCACGGAUUCGUCGACAAAAACAGGGACACACAGCAGGACGCGUUCAUCGACCAUCUGAGUCGAUCGGCCAACCCGUUUGUCAGGGAGUUGGCUGACUAUGUACAGGAGCUGGCGCCGCCUGGACAUGACAUGACAUUAUCAAGUCCAAAUUCUACUGGCACCACACAACGAGGCACUUCUAAGGGGCGGCCAACAGUGGUUGAUACGUUCAGAGCACAACUGCAAUCGCUUGUUGAUAUGUUACAAGUCACUGAUGUAUGGUACGUUCGCUGCAUAAAGCCGAACGAGAACAAAGAGGCAGGGAAGUAUAACGACCAGCUGGUGCUGGAACAGCUGCGAUACCUGGGCAUGAACGAGAUAGUACGCAUCCGCCGCGAUGGGUACCCGAUACAUUUGCCGGCGCCGCAGUUCAGCGCGCGUUAUCGCUGCCUGUUACCGCAUCCGCGCCCGCAAAAUCCCGAUGCCACAGCUAUAACCGAAAUAGUAAAAGCUCCUAAAGAUGACUGGCAAAUUGGACAUACCAAAAUAUUUUUAAGAACAUCAGUUCAUGGGCCAUUGGAGUCUAAGCGAACAGCAUUGCUGCAGUCUUCAGCGUUGCUUAUACAGAAAUGGUACAAGGGCACGUUGAGCCGGCGGCAGUACGUGCAGUGGCGGAGCGCGGCGGUGGUGCUGCAGGCGGCGUGGCGCGGCUGGAAGGAGCGCGCGGCCUUCCUGCGGCUGCGGCGCGCCGCGCUCACGCUGCAGCGACACCUGCGGGGCGCCUUCGCCAGGGAGGUCGCCGCCGCGCUGCGGGAGAUGCGCCGCGUCAACCAGGAGAUACGCCUGCGGGAGGAGAGGAACAGUCUCGCAGAAAAAGCGAAUCAGGAACGAGCAGAAUUGGAAACAAUGGCAGACCAACUACGAGGUAUAUCGUGUGCCACAGCUAGAGCGGAUUCCGUAAAUCUGGAUAACUUAUUUGACUUCUUGGCCGAUGUCCCGAGUCAACGUGGAGCACCUGAUGGCCAACCUGACCAUCACCAGCCCACAAUUGCCGAAAUCGGCGACUCUAUGGAGCGACUUGCGGACGAUCUGCAUCAAGAGUUGGAGCACGUCUUAGCCUCUGAAAUGAACGAGCUGAGUAAAUCGCACACAGAAGCGCAAAGGAAACCCGACGGAGCACCUUCCGAAGCAAUCCCACCACCACCCCCGACAUCUCUGCCGCUCCACACUAUUAUACAACCGUCGUUACCGAUACCGCCGCCGAUGACGUCAUCAAUCAAUGGCAUGACGUCAUCAAUGAACGGAAGCGCGUCGCCGAUGUCGAACGGUGACUCGAUGACGUCCUCGCUGAUAAUGCCGCCGCCGCCCCCGGAGCCAUCGACAGAGCAAUCACCAGAGUUCCCAUCACCACCCGCGCCCUGCUUGCUACCGGAGCCAGCUCAUCCGCCACCACCGCCGCCUGCUACCAAAGAUAUCACUCCUCCUGAAUUAACAAAUGGUAUCAUACCGAACGGCAAAUUAACGGUAUUGAAUGGCAAAGAGCCUAUCUACGAGGCAGUGAUACCGCGUAUCGCCGAGCAGACCACUAAGGAUAUGUCUCCCCCACCGCCACCGCAGUUAAUUUCGGACAAUAACGGAAUAUCAACUAAAGAAGCAGAGCCAGAACCAGAGCCGGACGCACCUUUACCCCCUCCCCCUGCGAGUGCACUGAGAAAAACUACCCCCACACCGCCGCCGCCCGUAUCCAUGGAUACCUGUAUCAGCCCACCACCGCUUCUCAACGGCGACUCCAACAAUACAGAACGCAAUGCUCGUCGCAAAGAGCGCGUGGAGCGUCGUCUGCACCAGCUAGAGGUUUCGUCUCCGCCGGCGAGUGCAGUGCCGCCAAUCACACCGCCACCGGAUGCCACUAACGAUCUCGCGGAGUUUGCCAAACUCUACUUUAAUGAUCACCCGAGAUCGCCUGAAGGUACUAUAAUGGCAACACUCACACGCAAAAGCAAGUCGAUGGAGGUACUGACCAAAGAGGAGAUGAUUACCUAUCAUAAAGGGAACAAUAUCCCCACCUCACACAUACAGCUACAUGAUCCGGAUAGCAUCACUGCUGCGGUGAACAUAUUCCGGGAUUUGUGUCGGUAUAUGCGCGGGGAACUGACUACCGAAAAAGAAACUCAAGUGAUACAGUCUAUAAUAGGCAAAGGAUUGGAACGCGAAGAAUUGAGAGAUGAAAUUCUAGUUCAGUGCGUAAGACAGAUAACGGAGUGUCCGGUGGAGGAGUGGGCGGAGCGGUUGUGGCUGGUGCUGUGCCUGUGCGCGGUGGCGUGGCAGCCGAGCCGCGGGCUGGCGCGCUACUACUGCGCGUGGCUGCGCACGCACGCGCGCCUGCCCGCCGCCGAGCCCGCGCCCGGCGCCGCCACGCCGCCCGCGCGCGCCGCGCACUGCGCCCAGUGGUGCCUCGACAACUGCCGCGGGGCCGCGCCGCGCCUGCUGCCGCCCAGCACCGUCGAGAUCGCGGCGAUGCGACGGCUGGGCACGAUAGUGUGCCGGUUCUUCUUCCUGGACGGGCGCACGAAGGCGAUCGACGUGCACCCGGCGGACACGGCGGCGGCGGCGGCGGCGCGGCUCGCCGACAAGCUGGGGCUGGGCGCGGCCGCACGCGCCGGGUGGGCCGUCUACCAGCAGCGAGCCUCGCGAGAGGAGCACGUGCGCGCCACGCACUAUCUGUAUGACGUCAUCGCCGCCUGGGAGAUGCAACAAGGACCGGGCGGCGGGUCGGCUGACAAUCGCUUUGUAUUCAAGCGACGAUUGUUCCGCGGCGGUCGUGAACUACCACAUGAUCCUGUUGAAGUCGCACUACUAUACGCUCAAGCUGUACAUAGCGUCGUCAAGAUGGACGAGUUCCCUGUGUCGGAGAAGGUGGCGCUGCAGCUGGCGGGGCUGCAGGCGCAGGUGUCGCUGGGCGAGCCGCCGCCGUCGCCGCCGCCGCCGCACACGCGCGCCUACUACGCGCAGCCCGACCAGUUCCUGCCGCAGCGCAUCGCGCGCGCCCGCCCCGCACACCAGUGGGCCACAAUCCUCGCUCAAGCCCACCGGCAAUAUGGAGCAGGUCGUGCCGAAUUGACCGCUAAAGCGCUAUACCUGUCUUGCGUUAUGCAGUAUCCACUAUACGGAGUGACACUCUUCCCUGUCACUUAUAAAGGAUACUGGGCACAUGGUCCCAACGUUCUCCUAGGAGUGGGUUCAGAAGGUGUUGUACUGGUCCGACCAGCAGAUAAAGUGGUACUAGCCGAGUACCCAUAUAAUAACAUCGCGGCGUUACUAAUGGACCCGGUGGACAAUGGUCUGACUAUCAGUUUGACGCACCAUGGACAGCACGAUGGAUUAAGGUGCAUAGUGCUAGAGUCGGCUCAGAAGAACGAAGCGGCGUGGCUGAUGGCCGCGUACAGUCCCACUCUAGGCAACGGGCUGGCUGAAGAACCUCCGCGACGGGCGGCUCCCGCGGCAGAACGAUCGCGUCUCGCAGCCGCGCUGCGUGCCGCGCGGCGGGCGCUCGUUGACUGCGGAUUGUUACGUCGUGCACCUGAUCCUACUGCCGGCGGCUUCCUCCGCAACACACUGCGCAGGCUGAGCAAACAUAGACUAGAGAGAGUCCGAUUGGACAUGACUGCCGAGACUCAGGGCGAGUGUUACAAGGGCUUCCCGGCCGGCUACUGGUGCUGGUCCCGCACGCUGCCGCACAGCCUCACCAAGCUCAACGAGGCUGAGGAGGUGGCCGCAAUGCAAAUAUUCAAGGAUAUAAUGAGUCACGCGGGUCUGAACGUGAACGAGGGUAGUACUACCAAUCUGGCGAACAACAACAGUAUCAGCAGCCAGGAGAGUGAGAGCGACGACCGCGUUGCGCUCGCGCAGUCUUUACUGCAGCGCUGCCUGCAGAAGGACACGCUGCUGUGCGAGUUGUACGUGCAACUCAUUAAACAGACUACGGAUCACCCGGAGCCGCAGUCGCUGGCGGCGUCGCGGCACUGGGCGCUGGUGUGCGCGGCGGUGGGCGCGGCGCUGCCGCCGGCCAAGCCGCUGCGCAGACUGCUGCUCGCGCACCUGCGGUACCGCCAGGCCGCGCUCCACCACCCCGAGGAGGGCAAGUUCGCGCGCCGCGCGGAGCAGAUCGCGCUGAGCAUUGCGCAAGUGCCGCGGCGUCUAGCAGCGCCGUCGAAGGAGGAGCUGCUAUGCGCUGCGGCGCGGCGUCCGCUGCACGUGCGCGUGCUGUUACUGGACGGCAAGCAGCACGGGCUCGUGUUCGGGCCCGCCGCCACCGCAGACUUGCUCGUCGGCAUGUUGCGCGAGAAGAUCGGACUCAGCGACGCGGCCACCGGUUAUGCUCUGUACGAAGUGUGCGCAAAUUCCACACCUGCGGGUACCGGCGAGCGUGCACUCAGCGGAUCCGAGCGCGUCGGCGACGUGCUCGCACGUUGGGAGAAAGCCGGCGCCACCGCCGCCGCCUGCAGGCUCGUAUUCAAGAAGCGUCUAUUCCUUGGCGAGCGACCCCUACACACAGCGUGCGUCGCUGAAAUGGAGCUAUUAUAUUACCAAGUGCUGCACUCAGUACGACACGACCGGCUUCCUAUUGAAACCGAUGAGGCUGUGAUGCUGGCGGCGCUGCACGCGCAGGUGGUGAGCGGCGAGUGCCGCGGCGGCGGCGAGGAGUGCGCGGCGGCGGCGGGCGCGGUGCUGCCGGCGCGGCUGCGGCCCGCGCUGCCCGCGCCCGCCGUGCGGCUGCACCACCUCGCGCUGCGCGGCACCGCGCCGCACGCCGCCAUGCAGCGCGCGCUCACCCUCGCAGCCUCCUGCCCGCUCACCAGGGCCACCAUCUUCGACGUCAUGCAAUCGUUCACGUCGAACUGGCCACGCGCGCUGUGGUUAGCUGUGGACGCGCGUGGACUAACAUUGCUGCGGCGUGGAUCGCGUGCGGCGCUCGUGUCGCACGACCACGACCAGUUGCUGGCCGUGUCGCCCGCGCCACGUGCGUUGCUGCUCGUCACGCGCGCCGAGCGCAAGCACGCUAAGCUCGUGCUCUCUACCGAUCAGGCGUACCAGAUAGCGACUCUGAUCAAGGACUACAUUGAGGCGGUGCGCGGGCCGGUGUCGCCGGCGGUGGCGCCGCCCGCGGACCCGUGCGGCGCGGCCGCCGGCGGAGCGCCCGCCUCGUGACACCCGGCCGCAUAGUGCCAGUGCUUCCACGUCAGGCAGUGAGCGGACCGCGGGCUGCGGCCAGCGGAUAGCGGGCUACGGACUACGCACAGGGGCCGACCGACAUGUCUCACUCAUCUUCACUGAUUCCCUUGUACUAGAUAAGUAAUACCCCUUUUGGGCGGUAUCAAAUCGUAUCAGUGUAUACCGGCGAUAUUUGUGUCUACGAAAGCCUAAUAAACCAUAGCGAUAUAUGGAUAUCAAAUGGCAUCACCUAAUAUCACUGUGACAUUAAUAUAUGUGCAGACGGUCUCUGAACGAUAUAUUAAGGAUAUUAGAUGAUUUGUGUAUCGCUCAGUAUUAGUAUUUCUGGUAUUGGUCUGGUACGAAAAUGUCGUAAUUGUAUACGAUUUGAUCCCCACGCCACGUAUUUCAUUGUACAUGAAAUCUUCGGGAUACCGAUAUAAUUAUUAAUCUGUUUUUGAAUUGUCUCUCGUCAGCCGAAGCGUUUAGAUGUGCCAAAGGCUCAAUUUACUUUUAUAUUAUAUAAAUAAACCAUGAAAAUUCAAUUUAACAUAUUGUCAACGAGGGUACCAGUGAGUUAACGACUAAAUAACUUCUAAAAUUAGUUAAUAAAUAUUGGAUGUAGAACAUGGAAGUUGUCUAGUCGAACGCAAUACGGAUUGUCGUGUCGGAAGUGUUAUAAUCGAGUCGGUGAAGUAAAUGCCGAUAUAAAAUAUAAAUCUCUGGUAAAGAAUUUGCAUAUUUAUGCUUGCAUACAAACUAAUUUGCUGUAUUAUUUUCUUAACAAUUUGGAUGCAUAUCAAAACAUUUCGCAUUUACUUCAACAUGCAAACAGGUCAAGUUCAAGUGGUUUGGUUUCGAGUGUAAAGGAUGGACGAUUUUAGUUGCCAGAAGACGGGGAAGCAAAAAUGAUUACCUAUAUUAAUAAGCUCAGCAUUUUAUCCCAUUAUACAAAAUAGAAAUUAUAUUCCAAUUUUAAUACCCAUAAAAUUAUGUCAGUAUUAAUAUAAUUGUUAAAGUGUUGUAAGUAAUAAUGUUGCAGUUUAGUCUUGUUCAGCGUUAAGAAUGUUGCUAGAGUUCAAUAGAAUUAUAAUGUUAAUCAACCCUACUCCCCUCUAGGUUAACUGUAAUAAUCAACUAUCUAGUUAGACAAUUGAAAAAGUAGUCCAUUUUGGAAUACGAAUACAUUACUACACGUAUGAGAAAGAAUAAGACGGAUACAUGUGUCGGUAUUUCUUACACGUGUGUACCUACUUUAGGACAGAAAUUUACUUUUUUGCAACUUCUUUAAAGGCCCUAUAUUGCAUC